AUGAUGAGGAAUAAGAAGAAAAAGAAAACCAGUUCCCCACUAUGGAAGCUUUCAGAAUUAGAACUAAGAGCUGGAUUUGCGCAGAUGAUGUUUGUCUCUGGCGAAACUGCGGAGCCAUCCCAAGAGACUACCACCCUGAUUGAGGAUAUCGUACGCCAACAAGUUAUCGAAAUGCUAAGCCGCAGCACCGCCCUAGCUACCCGCCGUGGAAAUCGUGCGAUCUCGACUGACGACCUUAUUUUCCUGAUUCGCCACGACAAGGCGAAGGUCUCUCGUCUCCGAACAUUUCUGUCGUGGAAAGAUGUUCGCAAAAACGUGAAGGACUCGGACGAUAAAGCUGGGGCAGACGCGGCCGACUUUGCGGCAGGAGACGAUCCUUUGGCAGGUGCUGGGGUGGCUGGACCUCAGGAUGUCGCGGCCAAGCCCAAGAACAAACGUGCCAAAGUCGGUCUUCCCUGGGAUAUCAACAGCUUCUACUCUGUUCAAGUGCCUGAACGGGAAGACGAGGAAGAUGAAGAGGAGGAAGAACAGAAUUACGCUACCCUUCAGCGCCUCGCCACUGCGGACGAACGCACCAAGAACAUGACUAGAGAGGAAUACGUCUUUUGGUCUGAUUGCCGCCAAGCAUCUUUUACCUUUCGCAAGGGAAAGAGAUUCCGCGAAUGGGCUGGUUUUGGAAUUGUCACCGAGUCGAAGCCUAACGACGACAUUGUCGACAUUCUUGGCUUUCUCACCUUUGAAAUCGUCCAGACUCUGACUGAGGAGGCUCUGAAAGUCAAGGAACGCGAAGAUCGAGAGAAGAAAGGUCGUGGAAUUGCCGAGAAUGGUGAUGGAGAGAACCCGAAAAAACGCAAGCGUGAAACUGGGCUUUUCGAUCCUCCAGAGGAAGGUCGUACGCCAAUCGAACCACGACAUAUCCGCGAAGCGUUUCGUAAACUGCAGGCAACUCCGCAGAAGGCCGUGGCGAUGUUGCUUCACGAUGGCCGCGUACCUCCGCGCUUCCCUCUUCGUUUGGUAUAG